AUGUUGAAGAUCUCCAUUCUCUUUUCCAUAAUCUUUGCUUUUGGUUUCCUUAGAAAUGUUGUUUCACACAACAAUUCUCUUCCAUAUGAAGCGAUUUUCAACUUUGGUGACUCUAUAAGUGACACCGGAAAUGCUGCUUUUCAUGAACCAUUUCCAUCUGAUUCUCCUUAUGGUUUAACAUACUUUAAACAUCCUGCUGGACGUUUGUCAGAUGGACGAUUAAUCAUAGACUUCAUAGCUGAGGCAUAUGGGCUACCAAUGUUGCCAGCCUAUUUGAAUCUCACAAAAGGACAAGACAUUAAAAGAGGAGUAAAUUUUGCAUAUUCUGGUUCAACUGCACUUGAUAAAAGUUUUUUCGAUAAGAGAGGACUCGACGUAAAGGCGGCUGCUUAUUCAUUGAGUACUCAAAUUGAUUGGUUUAAUAAACUCAAACCCUCGCUUUGUAAAAACAAAACAGAGUGUGAUAGUUACAUGAAAAAUUCAUUAUUUUUGGUGGGUGAGAUUGGUGGGAAUGACAUUAAUGCAAUUAUCCCAAAUAAAAAUAUUACCGAAAUUCGAGAAUUUAUUCCACACAUUGUUGACAUAAUUGCCAAACUCACCUCCAAAAUAAUCAAAGAAGGGGCAGUUGAGAUAGUGGUUCCCGGAAACUUUCCUAUCGGAUGCAAUUCAUUUGUUUUGAAUACAAUGAAUAGUGAUAAGAAAGACGACUAUGAUCAAUUUGGCUGCUUGGUAUCUUACAAUGCUAUCAUAAAAAACUAUAAUGAGCAACUCAAACAAGCUAUAGAGACAUUGAGAAAAAAUAACCCAAAUGUUAAAAUAACAUAUUUUGAUUACUAUGGAUCUGCCAAACGUUUAUUUCAAGCGCCACAAAAAUAUGGUGAGUAG